UGUGGUGUGUCUGGUCUGGCUGUGGUCUCUCCCAUGUCUCUGGUGUGUGUCUGUUCAUGGUCCAGCUGAUAUCCCAUGUGCUGACCCCAGGGUGCAGUAUCGUGGCAUUGGUUGCCGUGUGUUUCCAUGUGAACAGCCUGCCUGGCUGGCCUGCCUGUGAAGGGAUGACCAGGACAGAGAGGGAGGAUCUUCUUAACAGCAGUGACCGCUGCCCAGAUCCACAGCCCUAUUUAACCUGCUUGGCCGUCUCCUAUAGCAUCACACACACUGGAUACAACAGGAGGAUACUACAGGAGGAUACUACAGGAAGAUACUACAGGAGGAUCCUACAGGAAGAUACUACAGGAGGAUCCUACAGGAGGAUACUACAGGAAGAUACAACAGGAGGAUCCUACAGGAGGAUCCUACAGGAAGAUACAACAGGAGGAUACUACAGGAGGAUACUACAGGAGGAUCCUACAGGAGGAUCCUACAGGAAGAUACUACAGGAGGAUACUACAGGAGGAUACUACAGGAGGAUCCUACAGGAGGAUCCGACAGGAAGAUACUACAGGAGGAUCCUACAGGAGGAUACUACAGGAGGAUCCUACAGGAGGAUCCAACAGGAAGAUACUACAGGAGGAUCCUACAGGAGGAUCCUACAGGAGGAUCCUACAGGAGGAUCCGACAGGAAGAUACUACAGGAGGAUCCUACAGGAAGAUACUACAGGAGGAUCCUACAGGAAGAUACUACAGGAGGAUCCUACAGGAAGACACUACAGGAGGGGGACUGA